AUGCAGUCCGCCUCUACCGCAGAAGAGCACGUGUGGUGUCUGAGGAGGAAGGCGGUCGGCCAAAGUCGUGAGCAACGUCUUUCUGAGUCUGGUCGGUUUGCUCGACCAAAUCAGCGAGGCCCUGAGCGGAUACGUGCAGAAUCCCACCGGGGCAUUUGCUCCUGA